AAACCCCACAAAACACCCCCAAUCCAUCGUCGGGGCUCCUCACCCAUCCCCUCCAAAUCCUUCAUUGGCGGCGCCUCUCGCCCUUGCACCGCCGUUGCCCGAAGCUCCAUCACACCCCUUCCCCAAUCUCUCUCUUUCAGUUUUGACGCCGAUGAAUUUCGCCACCCUCUCGACGCCGUUUUCUGCCGCUGCUCGCUGAAGCUCGUCAGCGUCGUCGCCGCUUCUAUCUCUUCUUCUCGUGGCCGUUGGUUCAGAGACAGAGAUGACAAGCUUUCUGUGAAGGAACUCCAGCCCGCUGAUUCUGAUCAAAUCUAUUCUCAGAGCAAAUAUGUAGUUGCAUUGAAGAUUAUAUUCAAGGAACAACUUGAGAAGUACAGACUUCACCAUCAGGUAGGGAGGGAGAUGGAAAUACAGUCCAACCUUCACCACCCAAACAUUCUACGACUAUACGGCUGGUUUCAUGAUGCCGAGCGUGUUUUCUUGAUUCUUGAAUAUGCCCAUAAUGGUGAGCUCUACAAGGAGCUUAGAAAAAGAGGCCACCUCACUGAGAUGCAAGCAGCCACGGUAAUUCUUCCUUACUGUGGGAAUGUGUAUUUGCAUGUGAGAUUAAUGACUGCAAGUAAAGUAAUUGCAUUUACAUGCUGUGAAAUAUGAGUUCUUUUGUAAUUAACUAUAACCUAUGAGGAAUCCGAUUUUCUGUGGUUAUUGUAUCCUGUAACUUCAUAAUAAUUGGAACUAUUGAAGAUUAUUAUUUCAGUGGC